AUGGAGCAAGACAACAGCCCCCGGAAGAUCCAGUUCACGGUCCCGCUCCUGGAACCGCACCUUGACCCCGAGGCGGCGGAGCAGAUUCGAAGGCGCCGUCCCACCCCUGCCACCCUUGUGCUAACCAGUGACCAGUCCUCCCCAGAGAUAGAUGAAGACCGGAUCCCUAACCCACUUCUCAAGUCCACUUUGUCAAUGUCUCCACGGCAACGGAAGAAGGUGACAAGGACCACACCCACAAUGAAAGAGCUCCAGAUGAUGGUUGAGCAUCACCUGGGGCAACAGCAACAAGGAGAGGAGCCUGAGGGAGCUGCCGAGAAAACAGGGCCCCAGGAGUCCUGCCCACCUGGGAUCACAGACACAGCAGCAGAGUCAAGACUGAGUAAGUCUGAGGUGACACAACAGCCUGCAGGAGCCAUCCCUAAAACUCAGGAGAGGGGCACUGAGGAAUCCAGCAGGGAGGAACCCUCCACCCAUAUACAACCAUUGGAUUCCCACGGAGCCAACUCGGUGGGUUAUCUGUUCCACGACCUCUGGGCUCCCUUGGAGCAGAUGGGGGAGCCAGUCCCGAUGGAUGGUGCUGAUGACAUCGAAGACUUUAGACUCAAUGAGGACCUGGGGAAGAUAAAGAAGCCUCAGGGUUCUACUCUUUGUUUUUGUCUCCAGCAUGAGCUACCUUCUCCAAGCCCUGCUGAAUCCCUGCUCAAUCUCUCAACAAUUGUGUGGGAAAUGCCCUGA